CUGCAGUGUGCCAAGACUGGCUGCACUCCAGUUGCUGCAUGUUUGUCUGUUAUCCAACCUGCCAUAUGAAAUCACCCUUGCUGGUGAUCUCCUGACUUUUCAAAGCUGAAAUAGACACGAUGGGGGCUCCUGCAUAACAUGGUAACAGACUCCCUCGACCUGCUGAGCGCCACCUGAGCUGAACACCUCAGGAUGAAACGUACUAACACAGUGGUUUUCAGCCUUUGGUCCACAGACUAAGAUUUCCAGAGGGCUCCGCACUGCCAUUCAAUAUUUUUUAGGGGUCCGCAAAUGAAAAAAGUUGCAAACCACUGUACUAACACAUUGCUGGAAGAUGUGUGGUCAGGGGCUGGGUGUAGGGAAGUGUCAGGGUGGGAAGGUCUUUACCAAUUCUUUCCAAAUGGACAAGCACUUCCGUAGGCUAGAUGACGUUUAAUACAUUGACUGUCAAUGGAUAGACUUCAUUGUGCAUCCAAGUGCAGCCAAUUGUUUUUAAAGGUAGCACAGACCUCACUUAAGAAGCUCCAUGGCUUCUGGUAUGAGAUGUUAUCUGCUUUGCUAAUAAACUUACUCAGCAGAUAUGGGGAGGAUUUGCAUGUUCUGUCUCCCUUGCUAAUUUAUCCCAGCUUCAGAUGAAGAAGUGCCUGUAUUUUGUAGUGCCUUCAGGUUCCUGGUAAUUGUGCUCUGAUCUGUUUCUCUGAAAUCUCGUGUUUACCCGCCCUGCCCCCCGCAGAGAAGAUAGAGAGCAAAGCAAAGAGAUUCAGAGUGGGAAUAGAUAGUGCCCUAUCUAAAGCUCAUGUUGUGGAUCCUGUGAGUAUCUAUCUGUAAGAUCAUUCACUGUCUAAGCUCCUUCGGUGCAUGCAGUGCUUGGAGAUGAGUCCCUGCUGCUCUGGGACCUCCAUUAUCUCUUCCUUUCUCUCCCCCGGUUCUCGUCUCUUGAUGACAAACUCAGUCUUGGGAGCUGUUUGUCCUAUCCCAGCACGACCAGACUAUAGCUCUGUUAUUGCUCUUCCCUCUCUUUAACGCCCAUGUGAUUGCUCUACUGCAGAUCCACUCACAGCAUCAGUAGGGUGGUAUCCAUCCAUCCUCUGUGUCGCCUUGUCUCACUUACAAGCCAGUGUGAAGAAAAAGAACAAGCUAGUAGUUAAAGGUGUCUCAGUGAGUCCAGUGCCCUGGGCAGAGAGAGUGUUAACUCAUAACUGAAACGGGGCCAGCUUGGGAGUGGACCAAGGUACUCCUUGGUGUCAUCUCCUGACCGGACUGGGACGGGGACACACGCGCGUUCCACUGAGUCGCCGUGCUGGAGGGAGGAAGUCAGUCACUUGGUGAAUCACCAACAGCCUUUCCUGCCCCAGGCGGGCCUGGCCAAGAGCGAACUGCCUGGACUGCGGGAUGGGCGCUCACAGCUGGAGGGGAAUGAUGCCCACAGGACAGGAAUAAAGAAAAGCCUUAGGAAAGUGUCCAGAACUCCACCAGGAAAGGUCUGUUCUGGGCCAGGGGAAAGGGAAUGGCUUGUCCCAGAGCAUCCCCAGCACUGGUGUGGCUGGAGACCGGCAGGUGCCUGUUCAUUCUCUGUCUGGGGCAGCUCCUGCCCUGAGUGCCCCAGAUCCACCUCAUCCUUGUGCCGUUUCUCUCUGUGAGCCAGGCCAGAAAGGUGGGAGCCAGCUGGACCAGCCACGUGUGAUGAUGAAGCAACUGGUGCAGUAAAUGCAGAGCAUGCUGCUGUCUUCCAGCAGGAGCCCUUGUCAGCCCCAUGAUCAGAUCCCCUUGGUGCAGUUUGGAUGAAUUCUCUGCCCUCUUGUCUUCGCUGCUGAACUAUCCCAGCAGCUCAUGCCGAUGUCUGCGAAGAGCAAAUCCUUUCCCUUGCAAUGGACCAUAUUGCACCAAUUGGCAGGUCGCUGCCCAAGGCUGACCUAAUCUCCCAUUCACACCACACGGCCUGCGGCCAGUUGAAUGCUGGGUCGUGCCACCCAUGGGGCACUCCACAGGUUGGGCUGCUGAGGAAGGCUGCCUCCUGCCAUGGCUGCGAGGAAUCCUGUCAGUUUAAAUGGCCAGAAAAAGGAGUGGAUACCCUGGCCUCAUGCCCUCUUCCCCUGGCCCCGUACGGACCAAAGGGGAAGUGCUAUGAGGUGAGCCCCAUGUUCCUCAGAAUGAUGCUUAGGUAGGCGGCUUGGCUUAGGAUAGUCCCGGCUCUGGAGGUCGUCCCCAGGGCUGAGCCUGGGGAUUGAGGGAGUUCGUCAGAGGCCGUGGCAGGGUACUGGAAGGCCAGAGCAUUUGGUAUUCCAGACUUUGAGCCCCACCUCCAUUCCAGUGGUCCUAUGCCCCCCAUUGCACACACCACCACAGGACUCAGCGCUAUCUGCCUGGCAGGUUCCCAUUUGCCUGAGCGCUGGCCUGACCUGUGCUAGGCACACGAGGCGACCUGCGAGUGGUUACUUUAGAGCUGGGGGGGCGGGUACGUGGUGGCUAGUGCACCUUUCAUUGUUUCAAAAGAAACAGACGAGGGUCUGAGGUGUCCUGAGAAAACAAAAAUGAAUCCCUGAGGAUCCAAAUGUUGCCCACUGGCUCACAUCAAAUCUCAGGGGCUUCUGAAGGGCAGGAGGUAGGAGGGGUCCUAGUGGGGCUGGUGGAAAAUCUGGGUCAGCCGAAGUGUAAACAGCCUAGCUGGUCUGGAGGCUCCCUCUGCAGGAACCUGUUUGUUCUGGCCUCUCCUCCCAGGCAGUUGCUCCUUGAUCGCACCCGUCCACAGCGGGGAUGUGUUCGAUCCUUGAACUCUAAGCGCCACAUAAUCAGAACUUGGGAGUGCUUUCCCGAGCUUAUCUCCAUGAUAAAUCCCCUCUCCAGUAUAAAUAGCAGCAUUGGGGACGCACAAGCCACACUCAGGAGGAGGAGCAGCAGCAGCAGCAGGAGGCAGUGAAACUGGUAAGCGGCUCAAUUCUUCUAUGAGUGUGACUUGCUGGGAACGGUUCCUGGGGCACUGGAGCUGCUCUCUGUGUGGCCCUGCUGCGCUAGGAGCCUCCCUCUGUCUUGGGAGGUUACACUCAGGGCAUGUUUAACUGCUGUGAGAGGUGAUGGAGGGGAAGAAUACUAUCCUCACCCCACCCUGGGAGAACUGGCAGCAGCAGCAUAGCUGGGAAGCAGAAAGAUCACGAGCCCUACACCCUUUGCCUCCCUCUGAGCGCUUGCUCGCCCCGUUGUAAAGGCACCAAUGGCCUUUGUUAUAUGGUCUGGCCAGUCAGGCUGGUGCAGAGCCCUGAGACGCCUGAAGUGGGCAGGGGCAGAAUGGGGCAGUGCCAGGUGAGUAAGUGGGUCUCCCCUGGGGCUUAUGGGGGAGAUAAUGGCGGAAGGAGCCAGGCUUGUCCCAGAUUGUCACAGUCCUCCGGUGAUCAAUCAUCGACUGGCACCUCCUCGCUCUGUUAAGCAGUUUCUAUUGAGCCCCAAACUCUUUUGCUUUCUGCAGGUUGAGACACGCAGCUGAAGAUGAGAUCCGCUGUGAUCCUCGCCCUGGUGUUCCUCACAGGGACUCAGGCUCGCUACUUCUGGCAGCGUGACGAGCCGCAGACACCCCUGGAUCAGUUCAAGGACAUGGUCCAAGUCUAUCUGGAGACCGUCAAGGCCAGUGGCAAGGAAGUCAUUUCCCAGUUUGAGGCCUCUGCAGUUGGCAAACAGCUUGACCUGAAGCUGGCUGACAACCUGGACUCCCUGACGGUGGCGGCACAGAAACUGCAGGAGGACCUGGCUCCUGUCUAUAAGGAGACCUUGGGGCUGUGGGUGAAGGACACAGAGGCCCUGAAGCAGGAGCUGACCAAGGAGAUGGAGGAGGUGAAACAGAAGAUUCAGCCCUUCCUGGAGAAGUUCUCCAAGAAGUGGACGGAGGAGCUGGAGCUCUAUCGCCAGAAGCUGGCCCCCAUCGGUGAGGAGUUGAAAGAGAUGACCAGGCAGAAGGUAGAGGUCCUGCAGCAGAAGCUGGCCCCCGUGGCUGAGGAGGCCCGGGACCGGAUGCGUGGGCAUGUGGAUGAACUGCGCAAGAGCCUGACCCCCUACAGCGACGAGCUGCGCCAGAAGCUGACCCAGAAGCUGCAGGAGUUUCGGGAGAAGGGCAUCCCCCAGGCUGCCGAGUACCAGGCCAAGGUAAUCCAGCACCUCACCGCCUUCCGAGAGAAGGUCACGCCCCUCCUGCAGGAUUUCAAGGAGCGCCUGACCCCCUAUGCCGAGAGCCUCAAGAGCCGCUUCCUGAACCUGCUGGACAACCUCCGAAAGAAUGUGGCCAAGGCCAAGUAGUGGCCCCAGGCCAGGGACUGACACCCCCUCCCCUAGCCACAAUGAGCCCCCAAUUGAUCAGCCACUGCCCUGCAUUCCACUGCUGCUAAUGCGCAUCCGGGUGAAGGCACCAGGUGUGCUCACCUCCCUCCUCCCCCUAGCACCUCUGCCUUUGCGGCUGUCCCUUACUGAUAAAUCUGUAGAACGAGGGUCCCUCUGCUGGGGGGCGGGGGCUGGGGUGGAAACCAGCACAUGCUUCACAGCACAGGGCGAAGGCUAGUCCGCUGGGAACAUCCUGCCCAGAACUGCUCUCCCUGUUCCAGGCUCAGGGCUCCCACCUGCCCAACCUUCCCCCCUCUCCCCAAACUCUUUGUUUUUGUUUCUUUGUUUUGUCAAAUAAA